UCUUUGCCUCUUUCUUUUCCUCCAUUUCCUAUCCUCGAUCUUCCCUCCUCUCUCUUUUCUCUUUCCUUUCUUCUUAAUCACACUUUGACUCGAUUGCCCCUCCACAGCACUUCUGCAUCUUCUAUACUCUUAAAAUCAAACAGAAAAAAAUAAUAAUAAAUAAAGCACAUUGAAUUCCUUGUUUCUCUCAUUCUUCAUCUAAUUCAGAAUGGCAUCUUCCUCGACUAGGAGCCAUCGGUCUGUUACCCUGACCAACUCAUCAGUGGCUCCCCCUCCUCCGCCAGGGCAUCCCAAUCAGUCUAUUUCAGCGUUCACACAGGAUGCUUUUCACCACCACCAACAACAGCAACAGCAACAAGCGGAUGGAUUGCAUUCUCGUACACGCCCAAACACAACACAUGGGAGAGAGCAGCAGCCACAAGAGAAUUGGACGGACAAUGGUUGGCGGAGCAUAUUUGAUGCUGCAUUGGUCAAAGCUCAGCAGGCUGUCCAGCUAGACGAACUUGGAGAGACGGCUGUGGCAGCGAACCUGUAUGCCCAAGCAGCCAACGAUCUCGGUCGAGUCAUCCCUCUAUGCGGUAGUGAAAAGAAGAAACAAUCAAUGCUUGCAAUUCAAGCCAUUUACCUUGAUAGAGUGAUCCAAUUAAAAGCCAGUGCAAAGUCUGGCCGUCGAAGAGACUCUUCAUCGUCUUCCUCCUCACCUGCUAUAAAGGCGCGAACACCAGAGAGCCGUGGCUCGUUUACAAAUGGUAAAGGCAUUCUCUAUGGACAGGAAGACCAGUAUUUGUCGCAUGAGAUUUACCAACAGCAGCAACACCAGUACCAACCUCCUCCACCGCAACCAUCGCAAUAUCCCCAGCAACUAUCAUCACAACCAUUGUUACAGCCAUUAUCACAAGUAGAGGAUAGUGAUAAAAGUAACAGCAGCAGUAGUCGUCUUUUUAGCAAGAAAAAACCCAAAACCCAACCAGCUCCACCAUCUUCAUCAAAUUCUGUACAAGAAGAAUAUGGCUCCUAUGGGCCUUCAUAUACUGACUACCGGAAUAAUAGCAACAUCGUCCAUUCUGGUAGCAACAAUCAUGGGUACAUCUCCCCACCUUACUCCGUCCCGACUACAAUCUCCCCUAAUGCUUCACCGGUCGCGGCAUCGCCUAUUUUUAUGACCCACACACCAACACACGCACCACCAACAUCUCAAUCCAUGGAGCAGGAUCCAACGCCCCCAUCAUCAAGCAAAUCUUCUCGAUGGAAGUUUGGCAAAAAGAAAUCAAAGUCCUUCUCAGCUGGGGAAGCAAAUGUUUCUACUCCUUACCGAUCCCCUAAUGGCAGCAGCUUGGAAGGGCAAGAUUCGCCAGUCCCAUCGAUUUCUCAUGCAGCCCUGGAUAACGUCUUUGUUGUUGACCCAGGGAUCCAAGCAGACUUAUACUCCCAGCAGCAGGCUUCACAGCAACGGCCGACUAAUAGCGACGCUAAUAUUAACAGCAAUGGCCGACCGUUGGAUCAUUCAGAGACUCCAUCUCUGAUGGAAGACUAUGACCAUCACAUUCGAUAUUAUGAUGAUGAUGAUGAUGAUGUCGAUCCAUUUUAUAUCGCGGAUGUCAAAGGACGUGCGCGCGCAUUUGAGGGCAAGGAUACCGAGAAGAUCAAAACUCCAUCUAAUAAUACGGACACUGUCGAAGGCACGAAGAGUAAGAAAAAAUCUAGUAAAAAGCCGGCUUUGAAGCACAACGCUUCCUCUUAUUCGGACGAACAGCCUUUUGCUCCUACGUUUGCUCCAGGAAGUUUCUCACAAAGCACUAAGGACAUGGCGGUAUCGACCGGCAGUAGCAAUAGUAACAACAAAAAGAAAACUUCUCAUGAAUAUGAUAAACCCCUUCCCCCAGUGAAUGAGCCUGAAAUUUAUCUUACACGCCAGAACCCAGAAUAUACAGCCUCGGUCCCACAUACAAUGGAUGUUUGCGGCGAAGUAGCGCCACAGCAGGGAGAGGCAGUUCAUCCUCAAGGACCGAUGCUUGGCCAUGCAACUCAAUUGCAACAUUCUUCGUACAGUAUCGAUCCAAGUCUUAUUCAAAACACGACAGAACCUGAACAGGAGACAGCUGAGAGGUCAAACUUAAAAAGCAAAUGGUUCAGUAAAAAGAAGAAGAAGGAUGGUACGACUGAGUCUUUUGAUGAGGUAGCGAGGCUGAUGGACGAGGCGCUCUUUGGAGGCAGCCCUUCUAUACCACGAAAGAAAAACAAAAGUAAAGAUAAGAGUGAGAAAGACAAGAAGAGCAAGAGCAAAAAGAUGGAAACCUCCACUCCCAUUGAUAAAGGCAAAGAGAGGGCCAAGGAUGUUGACGAUUCGCUCGAUACUGUACAACAGGCAGAAAUCAUGGAUGGUUCACCAACGUUUUCUUCGCUCAGGCAUGAGAGUGAAAUGUCAAGAGCUGUAGUACUAGGACCUAGUGGCCAGAGGUUGGGGGUGGACCUUUCAGGAAAUCGCCUGCAAGACCAAUAUCAAAAUAUGGAAGGCCCGUCGAACUGGCAUCAGCAACACCAACUACAACAGAUGGCGAAUGCAUCAUUAUCUGGGUCGCAAUCUUCAGUGCCUCCUCCAACGCUACAAACCUCCGAAGCGUCAUCUUCUCAUACGCCUAAUGCGCUCAUUCCAGUUUCCUAUGCUCCUCGAACCACCUACACAUCAUCAUCAAAGAGGCAGCCAGCUUUAUCUGAUGAAACGGCCUCUCCGAUCCCAAUACCAUCCGAAAGCGCAAAUGGUUAUCAUGAGCCGCUGGAGUUGCAGCAGCAACACAAUCCAUCUGAAGCCGAGAUGGAGAACCUUGCUGCGGUGGACUCUGAACCAUCUUCUAAAAAAUCCAAGAGCCGACCAUUCAAUAUAUUCAAGUCGAAAAAAAAUAAUAGCAAAGUUUCAUUGGAGCAGGAUAGCAAUUCACUCCUGUUGUCAACAAUUAGUCAGACAGGUAGUUUUGGAGAGGAUGUCAAAUUGGUACACAGUGAUAAGGCCCAAAGGGGUUUAAUCCAAAGCGGCGUUGAGAAUAGCAGCAACAAUAACAAAACGCUAGUGUUGGCUUCAACUAUGUUUACAUCAAAAGAAAAGAAGAAGCGUGAAAGUGAGGAGUACGUCCCUUACGAAUACCAGGAAGAACUGGAGGGGCCUCUGAUGGAAAGAGUUGAAGUCCCAGAAAACCGCGACGUCGUUGGUUUUGUUAUGCCUGUAAGUGAGCUUGUCGACUACAGCUUGGAGGAAAGUGAUGAUACUGCCGCACUUGACAACUGGGAUUCCUGGGUGAGCCAACUUGAAUCUUUCGAAAAAGUCCUUGUCAACAAGGGUCUGAAGAAAACGAACAGUAAGGCCAAAGAGCCAGAGACCGGAACUGCUGGACAAAUAGUUGAUGAGGAUGAGGCAACAUCCAUGCAUUCAUCAAUGUCUCCACUGAGCUCUCUCAGGGGUGGCAAUCGCUCUAGUAUAUUCAGCGCCAGCACUUCAUCCCUUCCUGGCGGCCGUCCCAGCACAAGUUCUGCUUCACAUGAUACGGAUGACAAUCGACCGCUGAAUAUUACUGAGGAGCUGACAGGCAUUGUGACUCGCUUCGCUUUCAAUCCAACGCAACCCACUGCUAGUUCUGGUCCUGGACAAGGUAUGCUAGCCCAACAAUUCCCCUUCCAGCAGGCGAAGAAGCGAUGGUGGAGCGCUAAACGCAAAGAGGCUGUAUCCCUAUACACUCUUUCGGAUUCCAUAUCGAUUUCGGAGCAAGACCAAGAGAAAUAUUUAGCAUCAUUACUGGCAGGCGACCGUGAUCAGACAUAUGAUGAUCAAAUACAUCAAAUCCAACCAGAUGACCACGAGCCAGAAUCUGAGGUUCAAAAUCAGGAUCAGAUGAAUGAAUCAAGCCUUGCACAGAUGAAUAAUAACAAGGAUAAUAUAUCAUUAUCUGCGCAAAUUGAUUCUUUGAUUGAUUCGUAUGCGAUGAGUGUUCAGGGAAUCCAAGAGAUUCAAUCAACCACUAGCACUGAUAAAAACGGUCAGUCUGAGGUCGCAACCAUAACCACGUCUGAGACUGAACUAAAUCACCAAGUAGAUGAACAGGCUAAGAUGGAAAUUACGCCGCCCAAAAAGAACAAGACCACCAGCAAGAGUAAUAAACCUAAACUGAUGCCAAUUUCGACACCAUUGGCACGACUACUUGAAAUCUCCAAUCCAGAGGAGCUCUGGCAAUAUGUCCAACAAGCCAAGUCAUAUGCCACCGCAAGAAUGAACAAGGGAGACAAGAAAUCGGCAUCAAUUGCCUUAAAGCGUGCUCAGGCCCUAGAGACACGAUGGCAGGAAAUUAUGCUCGAGAUGGCAUCAAGUGAGGAAGACGAGGACCAGCUUCUGGAUGAUGACGAUGACGACGAUGAUGACGAUGACGAUGACGAUGACGAUGACGAUGAUGAUGAUGGUGAUGAUAAUAAUAAUAAUAAUAAUAACGACAAAGUGGAAGGAACAAAGGAACAAAGAGGAAGUAAUGAUACCGGAGUUAAACAAACAUCUGGGAGAGUUGUCAAGGCUGUAGCUGUCGUUCCCAUCGAUAUUGCAGCAGCGAGAACUACGGAUGUAACGCCUGCUUCUUCAAUCACUACAAUGCCAGCACCAAAUAAUGAGGCAGCUGAUAACGAUGCAGAAGAUGAUAAUUAUAGCGAUGAUGAAGAAAUGGCUCGUCGUCGUAUGGUUACCCGAAAAGCUACUAGCAGAAGUAACAAUGUACCGGAUAUGUAUUCCAAAUACAAAACCAACAAGUCUGCUGGUGCUGUAUCACAAGGCUCAGAGUUGCAGGUGAUCGCGAGUGCGAAGGAUGAUGAGAAUGGAAUAAAAGAAGAAGAGAAGGAAGGAGGGAAGGAAAGAGUAGAAAAAGGGAAGGAUGAUGGGCGGCUUGGCUCAGAUGCGAGCAUAGAUCAAAUGCUGGCUACAACGGAUAUAGAACACUUACAAUAUUAUAUCCAGCGACUCAAGACGGAUACUGUUGCGAAGGCACGAAAUGGAAGUAAGCUUGCUGCUCUAGAGGGCAUGAAGAAUGUUAAACUGCUGCAACAGCGAUUGACAGAGCUUGAAGAAGGAGGAACAGGAGGACAAGGUGAAGGUGAAGGUGAGGGUGAAGGUCAACAGAAGGCAAAUGACGAAAAGGAGUCCGGCGAAAGUAUUUAGAAGUAUUUUUUAGGUUAAUAGAUGUCCCAUUAAUUAUAUGUUACUAAUAAUAAUAACAGUUGGCUGAGAUGGAUACUUCUGCUGCUCUUGAUCGCUUAAGGAACGCUCGUGUUCUC